UCGACAUCCACAGCAUCACCCACAUUUCUUGAGCGCCACGACUUGUGCUUCUGAACAUUACACUCGCCUUUCUACGCAUCCUACCGCGCAACAUCCACAUCUUCUUUUUUCACAAUGUCUGCUCUUCAGUUGACGCCUUCCAAGCAGGCUGCAUCGGCAAUCGACACGCUCAAGAUGACUGACUUCCCCGCAAAGAAGCUUGACUUCGCGUCGUCGGACAAGGAGAACGUUUUCAAGCCCAUCGUCGGCAUCCCAGAUCUCCCAGAGGACGACGGGUCCGACAAGAAGCCCUCCACUGCGGCUACUAUUAGGCCAGAGGAGGCACACGAGCCCCUCCUCCAGGAAAAUCCUGGACGCUUUGUCCUUUUCCCCAUCAAGUACCAUGAUGUCUGGCAAAUGUAUAAAAAGGCCGAAGCAUCUUUUUGGACUGCCGAGGAGAUUGAUCUCUCCAAGGAUCUCCACGACUGGAACAAACGAUUGAACGACGACGAGCGCUUCUUCAUCUCCCACGUCCUUGCCUUUUUCGCCGCCUCCGAUGGCAUCGUCAACGAGAACCUCGUCGAGCGUUUCUCCAGCGAAGUACAAAUACCUGAGGCGCGAUGCUUCUAUGGCUUUCAGAUCAUGAUGGAAAACAUCCACUCUGAGACAUACUCUCUGCUUAUCGACACCUACAUCAGCGAGCCCAGGCAGCGCACCUAUCUGUUCAAUGCUAUCGACAACAUCCCAUGCAUCCGCAAAAAGGCCGACUGGGCCCUGCGAUGGAUCUCCGACAAGAACUCGACCUUUGCGAACCGCCUUGUCGCGUUCGCUGCCGUCGAGGGUAUCUUCUUCAGCGGCUCUUUCGCCUCCAUUUUCUGGCUCAAGAAGCGCGGUCUCAUGCCCGGCCUCACCUUCUCCAACGAGCUCAUCUCUCGUGACGAGGGCAUGCACACCGACUUUGCUUGCCUCCUCUUCUCCCUCCUCAACACGCGCCCUAGCAAGGAGUCUGUUCAAGCCAUCAUCACCGAGGCCGUCACAAUCGAGCAGGAGUUCCUGAGCGAUGCUCUUCCUUGUGCUCUGCUAGGCAUGAACGCCGCGCUUAUGUGCCAGUAUAUUGAGUUUGUUGCCGACCGCCUGCUGUUGGCUCUCGGUAACACCAAGAUUUACAAUGCCACCAACCCCUUCGACUUCAUGGAGAACAUCUCGCUGGCUGGCAAGACCAACUUCUUCGAGAAGCGCGUUGGCGACUACCAGAAGGCUGGUGUCAUGGCCAGCACCAAGAAGCAUGAGCAGAAGGAGCCAACGCCUGCAGAGAACGAGGCUAAUGGCCACUCCGGCGACUUCUGCUUCGAAGAGGACUUCUAGACGCGUCGUCCUUUUUUCCUUCUUGCUUGUUAUCUAUCUGCCAUCUCGCUGUUGUAUACCUCGUUCGGGCUUUGGGCAUGGGGUACUGGGUUACCCCUACUUCAUUUUUGCAUAUCUGCUCUUCUCUGCAUUGCCGGAGGCAAGCAUAGCUGCUAUGUCGGCAUGCUUUUGAUACCUCCUCGUUGUUUUUGGCGUUCAUGGGCCUCUUGGAUGAGUGAUGUGGAAUUGGGAAAGCGAUUGGAUAUGGGAUCAUGAUGGGGAUGAUGGAAUCAUGGCCCUGAUCAUUUUAGGUAGUCUCACGAAUAUAAUCAUUCAAAUAUACAUCUGUGCCUAUCCAAGUGCACGCGCCAAGUGAUGACUUGCAUAUAGCGCU